AUGGGGCUCGCGCCUCUACUCGUUGAUACCUAUUGCACGUACAAGAAGGGUACUGGCAACUUCGUCCAAUGGCUUGCAGAGACGGCUCGCGCCACCGGCACCGUCAACAACGUCUUCAAGGACGGCCAUCACGAAGCAGUACAGCCUACUGGAGGGAGACUCAAGGGCGCUGCUAGAAAAGAGGCCAAGAAAGCUGGAUUGACGCAGAACGCUACCGCCACAUGUCAGAUCCCAGCCAAGUCAUUCCUCACCCUCGCGACCGCUAUCGCCGGCGACACACACGCAUCAGUCCCGCGCUCGGUGUUCACGACAUUGCGCGCCGUCAUCCAAGGCCGUAAAGACUGCGCGGUCUGGUACGCGAUGACCUCCGACCGUGAGGAUAUUGCCGCCAAAGCAAACAAUGCGAGCCACAGCCACUUCAUCAAGCUCUUGGAAGAUGUCUUCGAAAUUCUCAAGGCUAAACAGCCGCGAGCCGAACAUCAAUCGCCCAAGACCACCAAGCUAGACCCUGUGCCCAGCACGAAUAUGUAUAGUCUCUUGCAAGACGAAGCGCUCUCAGAGAUUGGAGAAAUGCCAGAAGUCAUCGAGAGCCAUGUCCGACCGACCAAAGAGAAGGUCACUUACAAGCUCGAAACAUCCGACGCCGACGUCUCUUUCGCCAUCUUUUGCUUCUUUAAAGACGCUACGCAUCUUAGACUGGCUGUUCGGCGCACCUGGCGCGAAUUUGCGAAGGGCGACAUUGGUCUUCAGGCCGCCGCGCUGACCAUGAACGCUGCCUUGACUAUGAUUGAGAAGUUGAGCAACGAGUUCGAGGAAGCCAACCCACGGUUCAAGGACGCUGAGACUCAGUGGAUGCACUUGGAAAUUACCAAGUUCGUUCACGACAGCUACAGCAAAGAUGGAGAAGGUACAACUUUCAUCGAUGCAGGCGAUGAAAAUCAUGAUGCUUUUGCGUACAAAGAAGGAAAGCAGAUGCUGCGUUCGGACACUGUAAUGUGCACGCAUACAACGGACCUGCUGCUCAGCAUCUUCUUCGCAAGAAAGAGCCAGGAAGAAUGCCGACUUACCAACGAUGAGAAGAGAUUCUUGAAGUGUGUUUCGCAACUUCCAUGCGCGGGAAGUGGAGUGAUCGUUCUCGAAAGCUGUAUGGUGCAGAAAGCUGCAAGCACCAUGCUGAUUAAGCAACAGCUAAACAGUUGGAUCAUCUUUUGCUUACAAAUCUUCUGGGAUAUGCAGAGAGAGUUGGGCUCUCGCCUACAUGUUGGUAAGGCACUCUUCGACAAGACUGGACAACAGCUUAUCAAAUGCUACCAAAACUACCUUGACACUCAAGGUCUUGAGGACAUCGGCAUUACUCACAAAAUCUUCCGCGAUGACAUUAUCAAGCGCAAGGACUACAUCCAGACUCUCAUCAAUGAUGCAGGACUUCAGCAGACGUUUACGCGAAACGAACAACGAACAGGUCAGGUUUUUGGUAACAUUCGCGACUUCUCGCUGCUCAAGUGUGAUCCUGCGCUCUGCGGCCUGUUCUUAGCUGGUAUCCGCCAUGAGUACCAUAGGACAGCCAUUGACAUGGCAUCCAACCAGGGAAUCAUCCUCGUUGCAGCUCAUCUCUACAACGCCGUGAAGCAAACAGGAUGUUUACCCAGAGAUCUUCAGUGGGCCGACAUGGACUGGCUCAUCGAGCAGCAAGGUAGCGACUGGAUGUUCGUGGGUAAGAAACCAGAGGGCGGUGUUGACUUUGGAAAGCACGUGAAUCUUGCCAUGGGUUUGUCCGCGCAUAAGUUCACCAAGGAUUACAACUCUCGAAAGCCUGGUAAAGAGGUGGAGACCAAGGUCGGCGGAGCGCGGCGCUUCAAGUAUCACGCCCGAUACUCUGAGCUGGGUUUCAACAGAGAGCCGCGGCGCAAGAAACAAACUGGGGGGAGCAAGGCACAGAACGAUGUGCUAAUCAUGGUCGAGUCACUGGUCAACGAUUAUCAAGAUCCAGCUUACGACAAUCGCAAAGGUCUAUCUUCUCUGGAGAAACUUCGUGUCUUCAAGCUAGCAAUCGAGAAGGAUGAGCCAGCCCUUGCCUUUGACGUCAUGGAGUUGUUUCUGCGAUGCCUCCAAGUUUUACAGGAUAUCCAGAAACACGCCGUAGUCGUUGCGCCACACGAUUACUCAGAGUUAAGGUUCAUCCGGGGUAUACCUAUGAACGCUGUGGUUUGCGAGAUGCUAUAUGACUUGAGCGGCAAGGAGAAACGGGUUCAUCAAAGCAUUUUCCCGGUCGCCGCCGCCAUACUGCGCAAGAAGAUUGAGAAGGAAGGCGACGCGGUUCUUCAAAAGGCUCAAGUAUGGCAAGACGAGACGAGGAUUGAACUGGUCGACGACAAGAACGAAGAUGAGCCCAGUUUCGAAAAUCCAGAUGAAGACACAAUGGCCGUGGAAUGGCGCAACAAAUUCGGUUGCAUCGUAUUCCAAGAUGCGAACGGGGACUGUCGGAUGCCUUACGGUCCUCCGGUGUAA